GCUCAAGUCAUGACAGGGGUUUGAGCGCUAGCUGCCGCCCUAGCUUAGCUAGCACCUUUUGGCGGAGGGUGGGCAGCCAUGGCAUACGGUCCGCUGGCACAAUGCGCCUUCAUGUCAGGGCCAUCGCCAUUCAAGAAGAAGGCUCCUCCGGGCGAGGAAAAGAAGCAGUUCAAAGAUUUGCUUCCUCCCUGGAAGCCUCCGGACAGAUGUGAGGCACCGCCCCCAGGUUCUUUCAUGCUGUACUGCUUCGACAUGGAGGAGGCCAAGGAUCCCAAUGCCACCAGCCGAUCCUUGCCACUGGAUGAGAUGCCCCAUGUCGUUUUUGGUUCGUCCCAAGAAGUAGAUGGCAUGGUCUAUGACGGCAACAAGGGCGUGAGGCCAGAGCAUGCCGCGAUUUACUACAUGAAGAGCAGGUGGUUCUUGAAAUCAGUGAACGGGCCAGUGACCAUCGAGAGCAUGACCCUGCAUCCCCACCUGAAAGAUUCGGAUGGCAAGCCACCCAAGCGGUACACUUCAUCAACGACCAAGAAGAUGGAGACGAUAGAGCCAAUGGACGCAAAGAAGAAGUUGACGCGGGAGUUCUGUGUCUUUCGCCUAGGUGACUCUGAGCGGCGCUUCUGGAUUGGAGGACCGUUGCCCCUUGGAGAUGGUGAGAUGGAGGAGGCAGGAGGCACGGAGGGACGCAAGAAGGAGCGCAAAGAGCGCGGAGAGCGAGAAAGGGACAAGGACCACAAGGAACACAAAGAGCACAAGGAGAACAGGGACCACAAGGAUCACAAGGACCACAAGGACCACAAGGACCGCAAGGAGCGCGACAGGAAGGAGCCGUCGCGCACUCGCAGCCGCAGCCGCAAGAGGAGACGCUGAGGGUAGCCAAUUUAGAGAUGCGGUGCGGACUAAUCUGGCCCACACCUUGGCCGUUCUUAUGCACAUACGGGUAUGAAAUGACAGCACCUUGAGCAAAUGACAUGCGUGU